CACUAUGAGCCUUCUCCUAGCCUUGGGGCAGUUGCUCUUGCUGCUUGCCUUGCCACACCUUUAUUGUGCCUCAAAUUCUACGCAGUCGCCACUAGAUCGGCAGGCUGAGGCACUUCUCAAGUGGAAAUCUGGCCUACUAGAAGGAGGGAGCUCUUGUCUGGACUCAUGGACAAAGGAAACCAGUCCAUGUAACUGGACUGGGGUUGACUGCAGCACCACAGGGCCCCGUGGCCGCUACCAGGGUGAUCGUGUCCCAGUUGUGUCAAAUAUUUCGGUUUCGGCGUGUGGCUCAUCUUUAAAUGGCACAUUGGACAGGCUCCACUUUGCGGACUUCCCCCAUCUUCUGCAUCUGGACCUCACAGGCAACUCUCUCUCAGGCACAAUCCCGUCAUCCAUUGGGAGUCUCUCCGAGCUCGUGUUCUUGGAUCUAUCCUACAACUACCUCAAUGGAUCUAUCCCACCGUCCAUAGGCUUGCCUCAUCUUGCCUAUCUCGGCCUCAGUAAUAACGCUAUCUCUGGCCGAAUCCCAUCAAACAUUGGUGCUCUUGCAAAGCUCGAAUACUUGGAUCUAUCCUUUAAUCAUCUUGAUGGAUCUAUCCCACCAUCUAUAGGCUUGCCUCAUCUUGCCUAUCUCGACCUCAGUCACAACUCUCUCUCGGGCUCAAUCCCGUCAUCCAUUGGUGGCCUUGCCGAGCUCGUGUACUUGGAUCUAUCCGACAAUGCCCUCAGUGGAUCCAUCCCACGAUUCAUAGGCUUGCGUCAUCUUGUCCAUCUGGACCUCAUGGGCAACGCUAUCUCUGGCCGAAUUCCAUCAAACAUUGGUGCUCUUGCAAAGCUUGAAUACUUGGAUCUAUCCUUUAAUCUUCUUGAUGGAUCUAUCCCACCAUCUAUAGGUAAUUGUACAAAACUAACCUCAAUCACGCUCUCUUACAAUCUGUUCUCUGAAGGACCCAUCCCUCCUAGUUUGAUAAAUCUGAAGAAUUUAGAAUUGAUAGAUAUUUCCAACAGUCAAAUCAAUGGUUCUAUUCCUAGAAGCAUUGGAAAUCUAACGAGUUUACAAUACUUAGAUCUUUCUCAUAAUCAAAUAAAUGGUUCCAUUCCUUCGACCUUGUCGAAAUUGAUCUCUCUAACAAUACUUGCCCUCCAGUCCAAUCAGCUUAAUGGCAUACUACCACCAGGGUUAGGAUCUCUUGUUCUUCUCUCACGUCUGCACCUAAGUGGCAAUCAACUUUCAGGAGGCAUUCCACCUGAGAUAGGACACUGUCACUCUUUAUUGUCGAUACUCAUAUCAAACAACUUACUGACAGGGGAAAUACCACAAGAACUUGGGCAUCUUACCGGCCUACAUGAGCUGGAUUUGAGUAGAAAUGCUCUAAGUGGUGCUAUCCCAGUGAAUCUUUCUAUGCUAUACAAUCUGCGCAACCUGAAUUUAUCAUAUAACAGUUUGACUGGCAGAGUUUGGUAUACAUCUAUCCCUGCAGCAGUGACCAUUCUUUCACUUGAUCAUAAUAUGGCUUUAUGCGGCGAGUCACAAUAUAACUUGACUCCAUGUGAAUCACCAAAGAUCGCAUUCGAAGACAUAAUCAGUGCAACAGAAGAUUUCGAUGAGAAAUACUGCAUUGGCGUUGGGGGAUAUGGAUCUGUCUUCAAGGUUGAGCUUGACAGCGGGGUUAUCUUUGCCGUCAAACUCCUCCACUUAAUGGAAGAAUACAGUGACGAGGGAACAUUUCAUGCCGAGAUUGAAGUGCUGACGAAAAUCAGGCACCGAUGCAUAGUCAAACUGUAUGGCUUCUGUUCCCAUUCCCACUGCAAAUUCCUUGUGUAUGAUCUUAUCGAGAGGGGAAGUUUAUCAUCCAUUCUGCACGAGCAAGAGCUAGCAAAGGAGCUGGAUUGGCCCAGGAGAGUCGCUGUUGUCAGGGACGUAGCUCAAGCUCUCUCCUACUUGCACCAUGAUUGUGAUGAUCCGAUUGUGCAUCGUGACAUAAAAAGCAGCAAUAUUCUUCUGGACCUCGAUUACAAAGCUUGUGUCUCGGACUUUGGCAUGGCGAGGAAGCUCAAGAACGGUUACUCAAGCUGGAGCACUAUCUUUGCCGGUACAUGUGGCUACAUAGCCCCAGAAUUAUCAUCCACUAUGGUGUUAACUGAGAAGUGCGACGUGUACAGCUUCGGCGUGGUUGCGCUGGAAGUUGUUAUGGGAAAGCACCCAGGUGAUCUACUCCUCCCGUUCUUUUGCCGAACAGAGCAGCCAACAAAGCUCAAAGACGUCCUGGAUCAACGCAUUGCAGCACCGUUGAGCAUCGAUGAGGAGAAGGCUGUCAUUUUGGUUGCUCUGGUUGCUUUUGCUUGCCUGCAAGUCAACCCAAAAGCCCGGCCGACAAUGCAGCAGGUAUAUCAAGCGCUCUCAAAUAGAAGCCACAUAGCGCUCAGGCCCCUUCAUGAAAUCAGGCUGCAAGAUUUGCAUGAUUACUGUGGCAGCAUAAAGAGUAUCUGAAGCUGUAUAUAUGAUCUCCUGGGUUGGCAGUUAUAUAUUUGG